AUGUCAGCUUUUGAGCGUGCUAAGAUUGUACAAAAACACGGUGAGCAUCCACCGAUGAUGAAAAAUAUCGGAUCAUGGACUCAAGCAGCACCAUUUAAAGAAGAAAAGUACCAUAGAACCCCAACAGAGUGUAUUGGUAAUAAUUACACGCCAACCGCCCGGAAUCUUCGUAUACAAAAUUUAUCCAAAAAACGUUUUACCUCAAAUGAAUCCACUUCACCGCGCAAUAAGCAAACGUUAAAAUUAACUAUUCCUCCUUCAUCCCCUCGAACUAAUGGGCUUUCACAUAAAAAGAAGAAGGAUUCAGAACUGAUGGUAUUACCUAGUAGCCCUCCACUAUCACCUCAAGAGCAAAUCACAGCUACUAGAUGGCAAACAGAAGAUUAUCAAAAUAGUUCCGAACCCUCUGAAAAAGAUGCUGAGCGUUACUAUUACUAUCUCUAUAGAGGGAUCGACCAGCGAGCCAUUGCAAAAUAUCCAGAAAGCAAUUUUACAUAUAUAGAAAACUUAAUUACAGAUAGACUUAUGCAACAGAAGUUGGCACCAGAUAUUAUCAAUAGUGUUAAAAGUGAAGUUUUAAACGAUUACUACUUCAGCAUUCGUACAUGCAUUGUCGAUUAUAUAUUGAAAGAUAAUGAAGAAAGGGAACGACUACAAAUACACUGGACUCCAAAAUCUUUUCCGUCAAGAACCAUACGAGCACCUGUUCCCUGGCAUUCAAAUUACAUAUCCGCUAAAGAGUACAUUGAAAGCCAUUUGUUCACCAUUAAUCCAUUGUUAAUCAAUAUUGAAAAUAUUUGGAAUGACUGUUAUAAGGACACCAGAUUCGUUAAUGUCGCGGAAUUAAUCAAUAUCACAUCCUUACCGGAUGAUCAGUCUGGUCCUUACAAUUAUGAAGACUUAAAAUCUCCACCGUUACCCGAUGAAUUGGAAGAAAUAAUUCGGAAUCAAUGUAAUAGGACAAGGCAGAUGUUAAUCAACAGGUGGGUUCCAGAAUGUGCUAAGCAAUUCUUAACUAACAAACAAUUAUGGACGUAUUUGAUUCCCGCAAGCGAAGUAGAAUCAACCGAAUUAGUCCAACAUUUGUAUUCUUGCGUUGCAACAUUAAUGUCACGCCAACUUCGAAAUUUAGUGAUGGAUUCCUUGCGGGAUUUACUUGAAUAUUUUAAAUUGUACAAGAAUGGCAAUGACUUUGAAAAAUUUUAUAAGGAAUUAAACUUUCCUCAACGCCAGAUGAUAACAGUUAGGGCCCUGACUAAAGCUCCUUCCAUUAUCAUCAGUCCUACAUUUUCUGAUAUUGGAGAGGUCAUUGUUAGGAUUUUUAAAGAGAUAAUCAGGAGUGCUGAAGAUAUACCCAGGAUCGAACACGAAGUAUUUCCGAACAUGAAGGAACAUCAACUGGUUUUAAGCUCCGUAAAGGUUUCGGAGACAACGGUUGUCGAUAUUAUUGAAGACGCGCUUAAGACCUAUAAAAAUAAUACCAAUGGCCCAAAACGGUACCUCGAUAUCUAUAAACAAUACUUGCAUUUAUUAAGUGGUAAAGCGGAAUCAGAGACGAUCACGUUUCUUAAGGAAGAUCAUGAAUUAUAUGACUUCUCUGAGAAAAUAGGCCAAUUAAAAGCAACCAGAAACGAAAUUGGCUCACUGUUAACCGUUGUAUCGCUGAAUAUGUUGAGACUUGACUGUAGUGAAUUGAAAAGAGAUCUUAUGGAUCGUUGCAAUUUCCUGAUUAGAAAAUUGGUGACUCAUGUAGUAGAAAAUCAUCGUGAAUUAAAUAAGGCAUUAUGUCGUCGCUAUGAAGAAAUUUCUGAGCGAUCUCAAGAGAUUCCUCGUAAUACCGAAGAGUUAGUUAGUUUGAUGGAGUUCAUUAAAGAAGCUAGUAUGAUAAAAGUAUACCGAUUGCAGGACGAUAUUGCUAAGGCUUCAAAUCGAUUAGACUUCCUCCUUGAUUACGCAACAUUGUCAACGGAUGAUAUGAAAUUAAAUAAUACAGUUUUUAAUUGGCCUCAUCAAAUCGCUCGCACUUUUGAUAUAAUGGGUGCUAGAAUGCAAAAUCGCAGGGAUCUUGCGGAAGAAGAGCUAAGAAAAAGAGUAAAACUACUGGAAGGAAAAAUCAUAACGUAUAGCUCUGAUAUAGAAAUAUUUAGACGAAAAGAGAUAAUGGCAAUGGAAGAAAUGAAGAAAAAUGUCGAUACGUUGCAAGAUCUUCAUGAGAAAUUGUUGGCUGCAUCCGAAGAUUUGGAAGCUAUUAACAGUGAAGAAAAACUAUUAGAUUGGCCACCAUCCGCUUUCCCCCAACUAAGUGUUAUGUUCGCAACUAAAGACCCUUAUGAUAAAUUGUGGAAAACUGCAUUGGAAUUUUAUACUAAACAUGAAAUUUGGAUGAACGGAUCAUUUCUUGAAUUGGAUGCUGAUAAAAUUACUGAAGAUUUUGAAACCAUGUGGCAUACCAUUCACCGAUUAUCAAGAACAUUUUCGGAUGUGACUUCGCCACGACGCGUUGUCGAAACCGUUAAAUCGAAAUUGGAGAAAUUUAAAAUAAAUUUACCCAUCUUACAAAUAUUACGAAAUCCAGGUUUGAAAGAUCGUCAUUGGGAAUCGAUGAGCGAAAUCGUCGAAUAUGAUAUUAAACCUGACGAAGAUACCGCCUUUAGCCACCUGUUGGAUUAUGAUUUAAAUAAAUUUAUGGAGAGGCUGGAAGAAGUUAGCGGUUUAGCAACAAAAGAGUAUGCAUUGGAAACUUCUAUUAAGAAAAUGAAGAGUGAAUGGGAAGAAAUAGCUUUUGAAUUCGUUGAAUAUCGUGAAAAAGGAAUAUCUAUCUUGUCAUCCAUCGACGACAUACAAGUUCUACUAGAUGAUCACCUUAUCAAAACGCAAACUAUACGUGGAUCUCCUUAUAUUAAGCCAUAUGAAGAAGAGAUUAAGAUAUGGGAAGAACAACUAACAAGUGUACAAGAUAUCUUAGAUGCAUGGCUUAAAUGCCAAGCUACUUGGCUAUAUCUGGAGCCAAUAUUCGGUUCUGAAGAUAUUAUGGCUCAAAUGCCGGAUGAGAGUCGUAAAUUUGGCAUCGUUGACAGCUACUGGCGCGAUAUCAUGACGGAAUCGGUGAAAGAGCCACUAGUACUCAUGUGUACAUCGCAAAUGAAUAUGCUGCAACGUUUAGAAGAUUCCAAUAUAUUGCUUGAAGAAAUCCAGAAGGGCUUAAAUAGUUAUCUUGAAAAGAAACGACUUUACUUUCCUCGUUUUUUCUUUUUAUCUAAUGACGAACUAUUAGAAAUUUUAUCGGAAACCAAAGAUCCGUUGCGUGUACAGCCUCAUUUAAAGAAAUGCUUCGAGGGUAUUAAUCGAUUAGAAUUUAAUGAUGACUUGGAGAUUACUGGAAUGAUCAGCGCUGAAAAUGAAAUUGUCACUUUAACCAAUAAAGUUUAUCCUGUUAGAGCUCGUGGAAUGGUCGAGAAAUGGUUGUUGCAAGUGGAACAAGCUAUGACGGGAAGUUUACAAAAGAUAAUUGAACAAGCCAUGGAUUCUUAUCCUCAAGACCCACGACCAAAAUGGGUCUUAGACUGGCCAGGCCAAGUAGUUAUUUGUGCUAGUUCAGUUUAUUGGACACUAGAAGUCAUGGCCGCUUUAUCUCAACAGCAUGGAUUGGAGAAUUAUUUACAAAAGUGUAAUAAACAGAUUGAUGAUAUUGUUCAACUAGUCCGAGGAAAAUUAGAUCCUGGAUCACGGGUUACAUUAGGAGCGCUGAUUGUUAUUGAUGUUCACGCCCGAGAUGUUGUUCAUCAAUUAGUCGAACAUCAAGUGAAUAACACCGAUGAUUUUCAAUGGAUAAGUCAAUUAAGAUACUACUGGGAAGAAUCACAAGUAUUAGUUCGCAUGAUUACCACUAAUAUAUGCUAUGGUUAUGAAUAUCUUGGCAAUAGUUCACGUCUCGUAAUUACACCGUUAACAGAUCGUUGUUAUCGAACUUUAAUGGGUGCGAUUAAAUUAAAUCUUGGUGGAGCACCUGAGGGCCCAGCCGGUACAGGUAAAACUGAAACAUGCAAAGAUUUAGCAAAAGCAGUAGCAAAACAGUGUGUUGUAUUCAAUUGCUCGGAUGGGCUUGAUUAUAAAGCAAUGGGGAAAUUUUUUAAAGGUUUAGCACAGGCAGGUGCUUGGGCAUGUUUCGAUGAAUUUAAUCGUAUUGAAUUAGAGGUAUUAUCGGUAGUAGCACAGCAAAUCUUAAGUAUACAACAAGGUAUUGCAAGUGGUGUCGAGAAGUUUAUAUUUGAAGGAACAGAAAUCUCAUUAGAUCCUACUUGUACAAUCUUCAUCACUAUGAAUCCUGGUUAUGCUGGUCGGCAAGAAUUGCCUGACAAUCUUAAAGUACUCUUUCGUACUGUAGCCAUGAUGGUACCUGAUUAUGCUAUGAUUGGUGAAAUAGUAUUAUAUUCGUUAGGUUUUGUCGAUGCACGCAAUUUAUCGGCUAAAAUUGUUGCUACCUAUCGGUUAUGUUCCGAGCAAUUAUCUUCACAACAUCAUUACGAUUACGGUAUGCGAGCUGUUAAAUCAGUCUUAACAGCCGCAGGUAAUCUUAAGUUGCAAUAUCCCGACGAAAAUGAGAGUCAUAUUUUACUUCGAGCAUUGAAAGAUGUCAAUUUGCCUAAAUUUUUAGCCCAAGACAUACCGCUGUUUAAUGGCAUUAUCUCAGAUCUGUUCCCUAACAUACAAUUAAGUCAUAAUGAUUAUGGACCAUUAAAAGAAGCCAUUCUGCGAGAUCUAAGAUUGAAAAAUUUACAAUCAAUCGACUGGUUUGUCGAAAAAAUUAUCCAAAUUUAUGAGAUGAUGUUAGUACGCCAUGGUUUUAUGAUUGUUGGCGAACCAUUAAGCGGUAAAACAACCGCAUAUAAGGUAUUAGCGAAUGCUUUACUUGAUCUAGACCAACAAGGUCAAUUAUUAGGAGAACAUCGUGUACUCUAUCGUAUCAUUAAUCCUAAAGCAGUAACCAUGGGGCAAUUAUAUGGAGCAUUUGAUCCUGUUUCACACGAAUGGUCUGAUGGUAUAUUAGCAAAUGCUUUCCGUGAGCAAGCUAGCUCGACAAGCAAUGAACGCAAGUGGAUCAUAUUUGACGGCCCUGUUGAUGCAGUAUGGAUUGAAAAUAUGAAUACUGUUCUUGACGACAAUAAAAAAUUAUGCCUUAUGAGCGGUGAAAUUAUUCAAAUGAACGCAAAGCAAAAUUUAAUUUUUGAACCAAAAGAUCUUGAGCAAGCAUCGCCUGCAACUGUUAGCCGUUGCGGUAUGAUUUAUAUGGAAUCCAAACAAUUAGGCUGGCAAUCUUUGAUUAAAUCUUAUUUAGUCACCUUACCACAAACUAUUACUUUAUUGAAGCAAGAAAAUAUCGAUAUGAUUGAGCAGUUAAUGUGUUGGCUAUUACCACCGACAUUGAAUUUCAUCCAACAAGAAUGCAAAUCCUUCGUGGAUACAUCAGAUAUGCACUUAGUAGCCUCAUUUUUGAAUUUACUUACUUGCUUGUUGAAAGAUAUUCAGUCUAUAUAUCAGGACUAUCGCCAUCAUGAAAACGAAGAAGAGAUUGCCAUACUAGAAUCCAAAACCAAUACUUGGUUGCAAUGUACUUAUUUGUUCGCAUUAACGUGGUCGAUUGGUAGCGCAAUCAAUAACGACAGUAGGGUUAAAUUGAAUUUAUUCUUUCGCACUUUAGUUAGUGGAACAGAUAAAGAAAAUCCUAAGCCCAAAGAUAUUAAAAUACCUAAAAGUCAUGUAUUUCCAGAGCGUGGAACAAUUUAUGAUUUCUACUACGAUUAUAAAGGAUUACAUAGCACCUGGACUCAUUGGCGUGAUAGCAUACAACAAAAUGAAUUAAAUACGCCAUUGAGUUCUAAAAUUAAUGAUAUGAUCAUACCAACACUGGAUACUACAAGACAGGUUUAUUUCUUAAAACUCUAUUUAUCGCGUUCUAUACCAUUACUCAUUUUAGGACCAACAGGCACUGGUAAAUCAGCAUUAACGAUUGAUUAUUUAAUUAAUUUACCAAAAGAAGAAUAUGUACCCAAUUUUAUCAACUUCUCUGCACGUACAACGGCUCAGCAAACACAAGAUGUUAUUAUGUCUAAACUCGAUCGACGUCGUAAAGGAAUUUAUGGUCCACCUAUGGGUAGGAGAGCGAUCUUAUUUGUGGAUGAUUUAAAUAUGCCAGCUAAAGAGAAAUAUGGAGCCCAACCACCAAUUGAAUUAUUGCGCCAAUGGAUUGAUCAUGGCCAUUGGUAUGAUAAAAAAGAUACCACUCGAUUAGAAUUAACGGACACUUGCAUCAUUAGUGCUAUGGGACCUCCUGGUGGCGGCCGCCAUCCAAUUAGCCAACGACUAUUGCGCCAUUUUAAUAUAUUUACAAUCGAUUCAUUCGAUAAUUCGACAUUACUGCAAAUUUUUGGUACUAUGCUAGAUUGGCAUUUUCAACGCAAUGAUUUUGAUUCAUCCUUUAUACACUUAGGAAAGAUGAUGGUCCAGGCAACAUUAAAUAUCUAUAAUCUUGCUAUUAGGAAUUUCUUGCCAACACCAUCGAAAUCGCAUUAUAUCUUCAAUCUGCGCGAUUUUGCUCGUGUUAUUCGCGGUGUUAUGCUACUACCGCCGGAUCAAAUACAUGAUCAUGAUGAUAAAAUGCUACGCUUAUGGGUUCAUGAAGUCUAUCGUGUAUUUUAUGAUCGCUUAAUUGACGAUCAAGAUCGACAAAAUUUCUUCAAUAUGAUCAAAGAUUGUACUCAGCAACAAUUCAAGAUUAGUAUUAAUAAACUAUUUAAACAUCUUAUUUCCGAUGUUCAAAAUCCAAUCCUUACCGACGAUGAUUUAAGAAGUUUAUUUUUCGGUGAUUAUAUGUCAACUGGCAAUGAAGUUAAAGCUUACAAUGAAAUUACCAAUUUUUCACAGUUAACAUCAAUCAUGGAGCAAUAUGUAAGCGAUUACAAUCAAAUUAGCAAAACGCCGAUGUCAUUAGUAAUGUUCCGUUUUGCUAUUGAACACGUAUCUCGUUUAAGCCGUAUCUUAAAACAACCCAAUGGCCAUGCACUCCUCAUCGGGAUUGGUGGUAGCGGUCGCCAGAGUGCAACUAAGUUGGCUACGUUUAUGGCUAAUUAUGAAAUCUAUCUCAUUGAAAUAACACGCCAUUACGGCCAGGUUGAAUGGCGUGAAGAUUUGAAGAAAAUAUUUCUUAAAGCCGGUCUCGAUGGCAAACCUAUCGUUUUCAUGUUGAAUGAUAAUCAAAUUAAAGAUGAUUUGUUCUUAGAAGACAUUAACACCAUUUUAAAUACUGGUGAUGUACCUAAUUUAUAUCAACAAGAUGAAAAAAUGGAUAUCCUUGAUAAGAUCCAGUUGAUUGCUAAGCAUGAGGGCAAACGAUUAGAAGUUAAUCCGUUAAUCAUGUACAACUACUUUAUUGAAAGGGUUAAGGCUAACUUGCAUAUUGUACUGUGUAUGAGCCCAAUUGGUGAUGCAUUCCGCAAUCAUUUAAGAAUGUUUCCCUCGUUAAUUAAUUGCUGUACUAUCGAUUGGUAUCAAGCAUGGCCAAAGGAUGCACUAGAAAGGGUAGCUAUGAAAUUUUUGGAAGAAAUUGAUUUAGAAGAAAAUAUCAAGAAAGCUAGUGUGGAAAUGUGCCAAUAUUUUCAUAGCAGCGUACGCCAAUUAUCGACUGAUUACUACUCUACAUUACGUCGUUAUAAUUAUGUUACACCGACAUCCUAUCUUGAAUUAAUAUUGGUGUUUAAAUCGUUAUUGAAUUCAAAACGGCGUGAAAUUAUGAUUUCGAAGCAUCGUUACACAGCUGGCUUACAUAAAUUAGAUUUUGCUGCUGAACAAGUAACAGUAAUGCAAACUGAAUUAACUGACUUACAGCCUGAAUUGAUGAAAACAUCAGAAGAAACUGAAGUGUUGUUAGCUAAAAUUGAGCAAGAUACCGUUGAAGUUCAAGCUAAGAAACAGCUAGUUGAAGCAGAUGAAAGGUCUGCUGAUGAAGCCGCAGCUAUCGCAAAAGCGAUUCGUGAUGAAUGUGAAAGUGAAUUAGCCCAAGCUAUACCUGCAUUAGAAAGUGCAAUUGCUGCUUUAAAUACCCUUAAACCGCAGGAUAUUAGCUUUGUCAAAACAAUGAAAAAUCCAGCGGCUGGUGUUAAAUUGGUCAUGGAAGCCAUUUGUGUUAUGAAAGGUAUUCGACCCGAACGUAGACCAGAUCCAGCUGGCACAGGCAAAAUGGUUGAAGAUUAUUGGGGUCCAUCUACUCGUUUAUUAGCGGAUGUUAAAUUCCUAGAAUCAUUAAAAAAAUAUGAUAAGGAUAAUAUUUCACCGGUUAUUAUUAAAAAAAUACGCGAAAAAUAUGUCAAUAAUCCAGAAUUUGAACCUACCGCUAUACGGAAUAUAUCAGCGGCAUGUGAAGGCUUAUGCCGUUGGGUACGCGCUAUGGAAGCCUAUGAUAGUGUAGCAAAGUUAGUUGCUCCCAAAAAAGUUAAAUUAACCGAAGCUGAACUAGUCUUGGCUAAACAGCAAGAAAAAUUAAAUGCAAAACGUGAGCAAUUAAAAGAAGUAACCGAUAAAUUACAAGAAUUAUACAACCAGUUGGAUGCUAUGCAACAAAAGAAAGCCGAUUUAGAAGCUAACAUUGAAUUAUGUUCAUUAAAAUUGAUUCGUGCUGAAAAAUUAAUCGGUGGUUUAGGGGGUGAAAAGGAUCGUUGGAAUGAAGCCGCCGAUGCUUUAACUCAACGUUAUAAUAAUAUUACUGGUGAUGUCUUAUUAUCAGCCGGUAUUAUUGCCUAUUUAGGCGCAUUUACCAUUGAUUUUCGUUCAAGUUGUGUUGACAAGUGGAAAGAAUUAUGCCAGCUCAAGGCCAUACCCUGUUCCGAUAAUUACAGUAUUACCGAUACUAUGGGCGAUCCAGUUAAGUUACGAUCAUGGCAAAUGGAUGGCUUACCUAUUGAUACAUUUUCAAAUGAGAAUGCAAUCAUUGUUACACAUGGGCGCCGUUGGCCAUUAAUGAUUGAUCCACAAAAUCAAGCUAAUAAAUGGAUCAAGAACAUGGAGAAGCCCAAUCAGUUAGCAGUCAUAAGAUUAACCGAUCAAAAUUAUUUGCGUCACUUAGAAAAUCAUAUACAGCUUGGUUUGCCUAUUUUAUUGGAAGAUGUUGGUGAAGAACUGGAUCCAAUAUUAGAGACUGUCUUAUUAAAACAAACUUUUCGACAAGGUGGUGUGGAUUAUAUUAAACUUGGUGAAACUAUUAUUGAAUAUUCCAAAGAUUUCCGUCUGUAUAUUACAACUCGAUUAAGAAAUCCUCAUUAUUUACCGGAAGUCACAGUAAAGGUAACGCUGCUAAAUUUUAUGAUUACCCCUACCGGCUUGGAAGAUCAACUCUUAGGCAUUCUUGUAGCAAAAGAGAAGCCAAAUCUAGAAGCAAGACGUAAUCAAUUAGUAGUUGAGAGUGCUGACAAUAACUGGCAAUUAAAAUUAAUUGAAGGUAAAAUUUUAGAGAUUUUAUCCACAACGCAAGGUGACAUCUUGGAAAAUGAAGAAGCGAUUAAAAUUUUAUCUUCAUCCAAAAAUUUAUCUGCAGAAAUCUUUGCUAAACAGCAAGUUGCAUUGGCAACAGAGGAAAAAAUUAACGAAGCACAUAAAUUGUUGUUCUCAUUCCUCUUAUGUGUUGGUAUCAUGAAAAGUCAAGAUCAAAUCGAUGAUGAAGCUUGGCGUUUUCUCUUAACCGGAGGUGUAGCAUUAAAUAAUCCUUAUCCAAAUCCUGCUAAAGAUUGGCUAACCGAUAAGGCUUGGGCUGAAAUUGUGCGUGCAUCUGCAUUGCCACAUUUUAAAGAUUGGCUACAAGAUUUUAUCGAUCGAUCCCAUGAAUGGAAAGCUGUCUAUGAUGCAAUCCAACCUCAUCUAACUCCAUUACCCUCACCUUGGAAUCAGAAUCUAAACGAUAUUGAUAAAUUAAUUGUAAUACGUUGCCUGAGGCCAGAUAAAGUCAUACCAGCCGUUCAAGAUUUUAUUGCGCAUCAUUUAAGUAAACAGUAUAUAGAGCCUCCACCUUUCGAUCUGGAAAGUAGUUACAUGGAUUCACAUUGUUGUGCCCCACUGAUAUUUAUCUUAUCCCCUGGCGCUGAUCCAAUGGUAACGCUAUUAAAAUUUGCUGAAGAUAAAGGCAUUAAAGGCCAUCAAUGUCGUGCAAUUUCAUUAGGACAAGGGCAAGGUCCAAUUGCAGCUCAAAUGAUUGAGCACGCUAUCCAACAUGAUCCAAUUAGCGAUCACGAAUUUUAUAAUGACUGUAAUAAACCUGUAGCGUGGCGUAAAUUGGUGUUUGGUUUAUGUUUCUUUCAUGCUCUUGUCCAGGAAAGGCGUCAGUUUGGCCCAUUAGGUUGGAAUAUUGCAUACGAAUUUAACGACUCAGAUCUACGUAUCAGUUUAAGACAAUUACGAUUAUCCCCUAGCGGUUUAUAUUUUGCUCCAUCUGAUGGUUCUUAUGAUAAUUGCAUUGAGUACAUACGAAGUUUACCAUUAACGCCAUAUCCGGAAGUGUUCGGUCUUCAUGAAAAUGCUGAUAUUACUAAAGAUCAACAAGCAACUUUACAGCUUUUCAAUGAUAUCCUCACUACAUUACCGAGACAAGCCACUGGCAGUAAUAAAUCUUCCCAAGAAUUAAUAGAAGAAUUAGCUUUGGACAUCUUACAAAAGAUACCAAAAGAUUUUGAUAUGAAUUAUGUAAUGAAAAAAUAUCCUGUUAGCUACGAGGAGUCAAUGAAUACAGUUCUCAGACAGGAAUUGAUUCGAUUUAACCGGUUAAUUGUUGUAAUUCGAGAGAGCUUGAAGGACAUUUUGAAAGCAAUUAAAGGUUUGAUGGUAAUGUCUGAAGUUCUGGAAGAUAUGUUUGAUAGCAUGCUUGUUGGCAAAGUACCAACAUUAUGGGCACAGAAAUCAUAUCCGUCUUUAAAGCCUCUCGGAAGCUAUAUUUCUGACUUAUUAGCGAGAUUGAAAUUUUUUCAAGCUUGGAUAGAUAAUGGCAUACCAAAUGUCUUUUGGCUCUCUGGGUUCUUUUUCACACAAUCUUUCUUAACGGGUACAUCGCAAAAUUUUGCCAGAAAAUAUACUAUUCCAAUUGAUCAUUUAGGAUUUGACUUUGAGGUAUUACGAGACGAUGGGUCUACAAAUGGAAAGCCUGAAGAUGGAGUGUAUUGUACUGGAUUGUUUUUGGAAGGUGCUCGUUGGGAUAGAGAAAAAAUGGUUUUAGGAGAAUCUUACCCGAAAAUAUUAUAUGAUGCACUCCCAACAGUAUCCUAA